AUGCGAUUACCCUUUAGCCACGUUCAAAAGCUUCAACGAGGAGAAGAACUCGGAGGUGGCGGGCACGAGCAGCUCUCGCCACUUCGCCAUCGCAACAACCAGUCCCCUAAGAAAUCUGGCAUCCUGGCCAUCGGCAGCCGCGACCGGACUGCGGUGUUGCACCGUGCUCACAAACCUCUACGCUCGCCGACCAAGACUACACGACCAGCAACACCUGAAGCCCUGCCACAGCCAGAUUUUCUAACCUAUGAACCCGAACCCGAUAUACCUGGAGUCGGGUCUCAAAAACGUGCUGCUCAAUUCUAUAAUUGGUCACAAAUGAUGCCCGAGUUGGUGCAAGAUUUGCUGGAGAUUCAACACAAGACUGAAUCCCUACGCUAUAUUGAACGGCUUUCUGCUCCCGUUCGUCACUGCCCCUGCAAUAAGAGAGUGUUGAAGGUGACUCUGAUACAAUUUAACGACAUCAGCGAAACCACGCUCCAGCUCUGCACCUGCAGCAACGCGGCUGCCCCGAGGCAACUACUUCGAGCCGGAUUCUUUGCUUGCAGUCCGUGUAAUCCAACACUCGCCGUCGACAUCACUCUGCUUGACUUUGUGCGAAACCUGUUUCUGCACAUUUCUCCCAACAACACAGCCUUUUGCCGUGCGCUUGAAGAGACACUGGCUGAACGAGGGCUAAGGCUCUUUAGCGGUGAACUUCGCCUUCGAUUCAACAACGCCCUACAAUGGUAUACUCAGGUCGUAGUAAUGGCGCGGAAACACGUCGACAAUGCUCUCGUCGCUGCUCGUACACUCGCCCGAGAUGCACACGAUGCAGACACGGAGGCGCUGGUCCAAACAAGUGACGAGCGAGAGGAAAUGGCCCCAGAGAUGCCCCACCCACAAGCAAGCGUUCGCGAGGCGGAGAAGGUGCUGGAGGCCUGCCCACUAUCGGAGGCAGAGCUUCUGGCCAAAUGGCAGGAACAGGUGGCAUUUCAAACCCAGCCCAUUUCACGUCGGUCCAAAAACCAAGGGCAGCAAACAAUCAAUGCUGUCUUUGCCGCAGAACGCAGUAUCGAAACGCUGAGCAGCAAGAUUAGAAAGCUGGAGCUCUCUCUGGCCGAAUUGACAGGGGACCAAGCUCUAGCACAGCAGGAGCGUCUUGCCGAGCUCGAGAGCGCCCUCCGCAAGGUCAAGAAGAACAAGCGGAAGAACGAGAACAAGCUAGGGACUGGCGACACGGCAACACUGAAGCUGCUUCGCUACAAGGAAGCCCUUGGGUUAUCAGCUUCUCUGUCGGCGCGAAUUCCUCCUCGAUCUAUUAUUGAAGUGGAAGCGCUCACUCGACUCGUUGGUCGUGCCACCUGGUGUCCCAGACUGGGGUCCAUCAAGUGA